CUCCAGAAUCUUUUGCUCUAUAUAAUUCAUAUAACAGUAACUCUUGGCUGGCUGAUUAGCUAAAACAAUCUCACUCCUACUCUGCUCUGUAAUUUGCUUACCCUUGAUCAUGAUCGACCUAAAUGAAGUUUCCUCCUUCUUCAUCCCUCUCACAGCAGCAGCUUUAGCUCUAAUCUCUGCCAUAUUCAUCGUCAGAUUCCAUGUCACAAAAUCGUCUCAGAAGACUAAAAAAUAUCACCCAAUCGGCAGCUCUCACCUGUCCGCAGGUCUCAAUUAUUACAGACUCUUUGAUUUCAUGACUGACCUUUCUCGCAAAUAUAAAACUUUCAGAUUGCCUUCUUUCUCCUCAAGUGAGAUUUUCACCACUGAUCCUACAGUUGUUGAAUACAUUCUCAAAACAAACUUUCCAAACUAUGGCAAGCUGCAGGGAUUUUUCCAAUAUAACAUUUUGACAGAUCUACUGGGAGGUGGAAUCUUCGUUGUAGACGGAGAGAAGUGGAAACAUCAAAGGAAAGUAUCAAGCUAUGAAUUCUCCACCAAGAUACUGAGAGAUUUUAGCAGUGUUGUCUUUAAAACCACUGCUGUAAAGCUUGCUCGAAUAGUUUCUGAAGCUUCGGCAUCAAACCCAUCGUUAGACAUGCAAAAUCUUUUCAUGAAAGCAACCUUAGACUCUGUGUUUAAAGUCAUAUUGGGUAUAGAUUUAGAUGGUUUGUCUGGAACUUAUGAAGAAGGCGCUCGAUUCACUGAUGCUUUUGAUAAAGCAAAUGCAAUUACUUCUUUUCGAUAUGCUGAUUUCUUUUGGAAGAUUAAGCGGUUCCUGAACAUCGGAUCAGAGGCUGAAUUGAGAAAGAAUAUCAAAGUGAUUGAUGAAUUUGUAUACAAAUUAAUCAAAAGCAAAAUUGAGCAGUUCAAUGAUCCACAUGAUGAUUUAAAACCUCAAAGUGGGAAGAAAGAAGACAUUCUUUCAAGGUUUCUGGAUCUGAAAGAGACGGAUCCAAAAUACUUGAGGGACAUAGUUCUCAAUUUUGUAAUAGCAGGCAAAGACACCACGGCUACAACUAUUUCUUGGUUUUUUUACUUGCUUUGUAAGCAUCCUGAUAGACAGGAAAAGAUUGCAAAGGAAAUAACAGAAGCAACCCAAGUAAGUAGUAAUUCAAGCAUUGAGGAACUUGCAGCAAAAAUAAACGAAGAAACCCUUGACAAGAUGCACUAUCUCCACGCAGCUUUGUCUGAGACACUCAGAUUGUAUCCCGCAGUUCCUGUGGAUGGGAAGAGUGUUUUUUCCGAUGACACGCUGCCUGAUGGUUUCAGUGUGAAUAAAGGAGAUAUGAUUGCAUAUAUACCUUAUGCCAUGGGCAGGAUGAAAGCUUUAUGGGGUAAUGAUGCAGAGGAAUUCCGGCCUGAGAGAUGGCUCAAUAAAAAUGGCAAUUUCCAGCCGAAAAGCCCGUUCAUCUUCACAGCCUUCCAGGGGGGUCCGAGAAUCUGUCUAGGAAAGGAUUUUGCUUACAGGCAGAUGAAAAUUUUCUCUAUGAUCCUGCUUGGGAGCUACAAAUUUAAGCUCAAUGAUGAAAGCAAACCAGUCAAGUACAAAACUGCACUCACUCUUCAUAUUGAAGGUGGACUCCAUCUCCGCGUCUUUCCAAGAUCGAGAAAUGAAGCUACGGUUAAAGCUUAAACAUAUUCCUAGCUACUGGCUUCGGCAGUUGCCUAAAUCACGAAAGUACUGAGCCAAUAAACAACAUAUAAUGCCUGAGCCAAAUAUUAAUAUUGAUUAUUAAUACUAUAUGUUUUAUAUAAAUGUGUAACCUUUCCCUUAAAAAAUAUAAUUGUAAGUUCAAGGUUGAUU